UCUGCUUCUCAAAGACAUGUGUAAUGUGUACUUGGGUAACGAGUAACGACUUGCUACACUUUUUUUUCCCUCCUCCUACAUUUACACUGCGCUUUUGUAUGAUGACGGCAAUUUCAAUCUCCAUUUUAAUUUCUACUUUCGAAAAAUGACCAUCCUAAUUGUAAAUCCGUCAAUGAGAAACAUACUCAAAAUUUGUUUUCUUCAAAUAUCUUCACUCCUUAUUCUAACACCUCUUUACCAUGCUGCUGCUUUCAAUGUUAUCAAAUCUGUGCCUGGAUAUCCAGAUAAUCUCCCAUUUUACCUUGAAACUGGAUAUGUUGGGGUUGGAGAUAAUGAAGGAGUGCAAUUGUUUUAUUACUUCAUUAAGUCGGAGAGAAAUCCUCAAACUGACCCGCUUAUACUCUGGCUCACUGGAGGCCCUGGUUGCUCUGCUCUAUCUGGACUUGUUCUAGAGAUAGGUCCUUUGAUUUUCAAUACCUCUGCUUUCAAUUGGCACUCAAAAGCACCAACAUUUCAGUUAAAUCCGUUUUCUUGGACAAAGGUAGCGAGCAUAAUAUUUCUUGAUUCACCUGUUGGCACAGGGUUCUCUUAUGCAACAGAUCCAGAACAUUACUACACAGAUGAUAUUACAUCAUCAGAACAUAUUUAUCAAUUUUUGAGAAAGUGGCUUAUGGACCAUGUUGGAUUCCAAAAUAAUCCUCUUUACAUUUGUGGGGAUUCAUACUCUGGCAUGAUUGUCCCAAUUGUUGUCAAAGAGAUCUCCAAAGGGAAUAAAGUUCACGUUCAGCCUAUUAUGAAUCUCCAGGGAUAUGUCCUUGGAAACCCCACAACACGAGAGGAAGAUAUGAAGAAAUCAAAAUUUGAUUUUGCUCGUCGUGUGUCUCUCUUAUCCGAUGAGAUCUAUAAGUCAACAAGAAUAAGCUGCAAUGGCACUUUUGAGGAUGUGGAUGCGGAAAAUAUUAGGUGCUCGCGUAAUCUUAAAGCCAUAUCAUAUAAUCUUGAUCCAGUGUUUGCUGCUCAUGUCCUAAAACCUAAAUGCAUAUCGGAUCGAACAUGGUGCCAGGAUAGCAUCUAUAGACUCUUCUACUAUUGGGCUAAUGACAUACAAGUUCGGACAGCUCUUGACAUUCAAAAGGGUACUAAAAGUCAUUGGACGAGAUGUAAUAGAACUUUAGCAUAUGCACAUAAUCUUACAAGCGUUGUUGAUUACCAUCAAAAUCUUACGAUGGAGUCCAUCCAUGCACUGAUUUACAGGAUUAGCAAAACACGGGGGUUUCGCUGCCCAAUCAACGAGUUGAGGUCCAUACUGGUGGGGGCUUACAGGCAAAGCCCCAUGACUAACCAAGCACGAGGGUCUCGUUGCCCGGUCAGCGAGUUGAGGUACAGGCUAGUGGGGGCGUGUAGGCAACGCCCUACGAUUAACCAAGCACGGGGAUUUCGCUGCCCGGUCAGCGAGUUGAGGUUUAGGCUGGUGGGGGCGUGUAGGCAACGCCCCAAGAUUAGCCAAGCACUGGGGUCUCGCUACCUGGUCAACGAGUUGAGGUCCAGGCUGGUGGGGGCGUAUAGUGGCGACCAAGACAUGGUUGUAUCGUAUCUUGGAACAUUGGAAUGGAUUAAGAUGCUAAAUAUCACCAUUGCUGAAGACUGGAGGCCAUGGUUUGCCAAUGGUCAAGUUGCUGGGUAUAUUACUAAGUAUUCAAACGACAACUAUCAUCUAACAUAUGCUACUGUGAAGGGAGCAGGCCAUACUGCUCCAGAGUAUAAGCGCGCAGAAUGCUUCACUAUGCUCACGAAAUGGUUUGCCAUGCAUCCUCGUUAGUACGUAUGCGCGUGAGAACUAAAGAUUAUGGGGAUCAUAUUGUAGGUCAUUAAUUAGUAGAUCAGCAACUACAAUAUGAAAUGAUUUCGACAUGAAAACUAUUUAGCGAUGUCGUUAAUGUCGUGGUCCAUAGAGUUGUAGUUUAUAUAUGCUUAAAGUUGACCGUUUAAAAACCAACUAAUAGUUCUAAGUGUGUGGCACAACACUGUUAUAGUGUUAUUUAUUUUAUGCUUCCUUCGUUUCAAAAUAUUUGACAUGGUUUAAUUUUUUCACUAUUCACACACUUUUAUUUGAUUGUAUUUAUGAAUUU